AUGGGAAGUGAACGCGAGCGACUAGGAACUAAGGAGACAGAGUUCUGCUGUCGUAAUCAAUUAGUCUGGUUACUUUCUUUCCGCAGAGAUCAGCGAAAGAGCAAAACAUUAGACAUUAUAACAGGAUUUCAAGUUCUUGAUGGACAGUACCACGUGUUUGUUUUAGAAGGUCUGGCUAAUGAGGGCAUCAAAAAACUCUGGGAUAAACUACCCAGACCACAGGAAGAAGGUAGGUACAUUGUUAACUCGUUAUGCAUCAAUAUCCACAAAAAAACUCUCCAGACUGAUCUCAGUUCAUUCCACAAAGAAUUACAUGUAGAUAAGAGAAUUUGACAAAGGAUCAAAGCGUUUCCCUCAGGGGAUCAUUUCAUUAAUUCUCAUAACAUUUGCUUUUGAUUAUGUAUGGAUAGUGUUAAGAGGAAAUUGAUGUUGGUCACUCUUGGUACUUCGGGUAAGUUCAAACGGACGCAACAUUGUUGGAAGUUACAUGUUGCGUCCGUUUGCACACCCUGUUGCAUGUUGUUGGGAGUUGUUGGAUGUUUUUGCGCAAAGUUUGAAACCGGUCAAACUUUUUAGCCCCGUGCAAACGGACGCAACAUUGUUGGGAGUCGUUGCGUCCGUUUGCACGUAGCUUUAAACUGUCAAGAAAUAGUACGUGUUUGGUUUGAGGAAUGUCAGUUUGUUUGAAUACCGAAAAGGACUCUCGUUCAUUAAAAUUAAAAGAUGUGUUGGUAUUCGUUAUCGUAUUUGGUGUUUAUGCCUAUUAUUAAAAAAAGUACAUUAUUAUUCUCUACAGGGACAAUGGGUAUUCGCGGGAAAUGCUUUAAGUGGCAAUGUAACGAUCGGUUUGGUAUUGUUUGGGCCGGGAUAAAUCGGCCAAGAAACAUUUUUUUAUUUGCUCUCACCUUCGGGAAGGAAUUGCUAUCUUUCUCUCGCCAUGCAGAAUUUGUUGUUGCUGCUGUGUUGUGUUUUGUUGUUGUUGUUUUUGUGCAUCAGCUAGUGUAUUUUUGUACAUGCAGUUCUAGCAUAGUUCACACAACACCUUACAAGAAUAGAAGUCUCAGCGUUCCUUUUGCAUGUUAUUAAGCGUUUUACUUCAUUUUUUUGCUUUUGCUUUAGAUAUCACCAAGUUCAAUGUCCUUUACAAUUCUGCUCUCCGGUUUCACGAGCGGUUGUACGCAGCGCUCGACGUGGACUUGUGCCGAGUAAGACUUCACGAGCCACUUGAGGUCAUAGUUCAAAAUCCACUGCUGUACGUCAGGGAUCUGGUACCGAAACCUUGCUUUGAGGCAUUGGCCAAACUCGACCAGGUAAGGUCUGGGAAAAAAACGGACUAUUGAACACUGGGAGACUUGAUAUUGUCGCGAAAUACUUACUUAAUUCUUCAUACACUAUUAUAUAGUAACUACAAUAACAUUAUAAAAUAACCACCAAUGAAAUACCAGGUAAGCUGUCGCGCGAAAACAUGAUUAUCUUUACAUGUGAAAAUAACAUGUCAUCUUCACACGCCAACCAUUGCUAUAACAACACAACAAAUCGCACCUUUUACAACAAAAGAACUAUUGAAUUGAAAAGGUUUGGUAUUUCAUUGGUGUUUAUAUAAUACAUAGCGCGCGAACGAGUGAAAUAUUUUUCAACACGAGAAGAGAAAUUUCGUAUCUCUGCGUGGCCAUGUAAUUUCCUCAGCAACUGGAUUGCUUUGACAAUGUUUCAUUGGUAAUGGGCAUUGCGCUUGUGGGCAGACGGAACUCAUUGCAAUGAUUUCCUUGAGUGACCGCCAAACAAUAGCUUUCCUGUCGAUAAUUGCAGGACACACGAAUUGCUACCUCCACACGGAUCCGGAAAUCGCAUACCUUUUUCUACAAGAAUCGGCCUUCCGUUCACACAAAACCAAUGAAUCCAGUCACCGAAACCGCGUUGUUUUCAAACCGCUCUCCAGAGCGGUUUAAGUUCCCUUCCACAUAAUCUCCUUCGCAGCUAUUAUUAAGGUCGUCACGCAACGCUCCUAGGGCGUGAUGAACCUAAAAGAGACUACCGUCCACACGAAUCAGGAUAGAAAAUAUGCGGUUUAAAAAAUGUCCGAAUUCGAGUGGACAUGGCCUCAGUUUGUGGUAAUGAGAUCCGUUACACUACAGUCUUUAAAAUCACUAAAUUACAUCAAUUACUUUACUCUCUUAAACACCCCUUAAUGCGGGAAGUUUCCUCAGUUCCUAACUAGACGUUAUCACUGUUCGACCGCAUUUCGAAGGUCCUCUCUCUUAAGAUGACGCUGGGAACAAGUUUAUUGUCAGUGUUGUUGCUUAACAGCCACCGCCACAUAUUUCUUGCAGAUGUUAAGAGUCACGAAACUCCGAGAGGUGACUCGUAACGACUUAUUUCCUUCAGCUGACAUGAUUGUGUCUAUGAGCCGAGAGUUUGGAGUGCCGCUGACUGCAGAGGAUUUCGGAGGUAGGUUCUUGUAAAUCUCCAGCAGUAGUUGUGCUUAUCUACUGGCGUUGACAGAAGUCGAUGAGGAGCAAAAAGGGCUGCUGCACUUCUCGCGGCUUUUCAGUCACCUUGCAAAAGCAAAAGAAAGGAAGUGAAAAAGUCAACAAGCUUAAGCUGGGGUUUCUUGAAAUUAAUUUUCUUCUCUCACAGUUUCUCAGAAGUCGCGAUAUAAGAAAAUAUCAUGGUUAAAGACACAUGUAGGCAUAUCUCUAUAUAUAGAUUUGUGGUCAUACCUUCAUAACAUCAUGUGUAAUUCUUCUAAGGAGCAUGUGUGUUAUAAAACCUCUACUUGCAAGAAUUAUGUAGUCAGUCAUAAAAGAUGGGUUACCAGUGCUGACGUUUAGCGCAUUAAACACUUGCAAGUCGCUCUCCUUUCUAGCUCUCGUUAUAUGGUUAGAAACAGAGACCGCAAAGUGUAGUAGGAAGGAUAAAAAUAAAAAGCGUCUAACAACCUCCUCAAAAGCAAUCUUUCCUUUCAACGCCCAGCCUACGAACUGCAAACGUAUUUCCGGUCGUCGCUUCUCUCCCUCCGACGACCGGAAAUACGUCUGUAGUUCGCAGGCUAUUCAACGCCAGCUGCCACGGCUGGUGGCCGACGCGCGGCAUGUAACAACAAAGGUGAAGGCCCGGGAACGUGUGGGCACGAAAGAUCUCAUUUAAACUGCUCUUGUUCUAAUUUUCUUGCUAUACGACCUUGUUACUCAAUUUAUUAUUUUACAUCCUGGUUUCCAGACUUUGUGUAUCUCAGUCUGUUUUUCUCCAUUCUUCCUUAGUGGCGAAGAGGUCUUUCAUCUUCAGAGUGACAAAGUUGCACUGUCAUCACUUAAAGUCUCUGAUUUCUUCUUCCUUGGAAGUACACUCAAAGAACGUUUUAAGGUCUGAAGUGGGUCAUUCUGUACUUUUCCUGUACACUUUUGCAAGUAACCCUCUAUAGUUCUUCCGUUUCCCUGCGCUGCAUGAUGCUGAUGUGUGGUGGUGGUGUCUUUUCCUUCUUAAUCUUCCUGAAAUUUUUUUCAGGACAUUUCCAACGGCCUGCGCACCUUGCUAAAAUCUGUUUGUCCUUGCUGUAUCCUUUUCCCACUUCGCUGCUGACACCGACAAAUUAUUUCACUUACUUGAGUUCUCAGUAUUUUGGGCGUGAGCUCUCCUUGUGUUGCUGUGAUUUCUUGGUUGGUUUUGCUGUGAGCUGUCGUUGUGUUGCCGUAUUAAAGUUCAGAGUUAUUUUUGUGUUUUCGUGAUUUUUCGGUGUUUUUUCGGGAUCACUCGUUGCGUUUCUGUGAGUUCUCAAUAUUUUGCCUCGAUCUCUCCUUGUGUUGCUGUGAUUUCUUGGUUGGUUUCGCUGUGAGCUCUUAUAGUGUUUCGCUUUGAGUUGACUUUUUGUUUUCGUGAGUUUUCUGUGUUUCGGUGUUCCUGAUUACUCGUUGCAUUUCUGUGAUUUCUCGGUAUAUUGCCGUGAGCACUCGUUCUAUUUCGUUCUGUUUCUAUCUUCCGUGAAUUGUGGUUGUGCUAUAUGCAGUAUAUUUAAAUGUGCUUGUAUAAGCCACCGUGCCAUACCAUUUCAAAACUGUUUAAACAGUAUAACACAGCGUUGACAAAUAUUGCUCUUUUCUGCCGUCUAGAACUAGAGUCCAGUAAUGGAUCCGAAAUAGAAGCGGCUGGUACAGGCAACCGGCUGGAGGACCCUAGACCCAAGACAACUCGGCCGUGGACACCCUUGUCCCUAUACAACACUGAUUAUGUUGCACUUCUUAAGGAAAGAGAGGGUCAACUGGUUAAACAUGACUUCGUCAAAGAGAAUAUUGUAAGUAAAACAAAUAUAUAACAUUGCUGAUAAAAAAAGAAAAGAAAAACAUUUUUAUUGGUACGUUUGUUGAUUUGUCAGGCGUAGUUGACGAGCUGGGACUGGGGAGAGAGAAGGUAGAUGGUGGUGUAUCUGAACACGGAAUAGACCUUAUUCACGAUACCCGCCAUCUUUACACGCGCGCUAGGAUUGAUGGGAUAAAAGUAAUGUCACGUGGUAUUUCAGAUUGCAAACAAAAGAUAACAUUUGCCAAUGCGAGAAAUCGCGGUCGACUUUGUUUAUUCUCUUAAAAUGAAACGACGAGUAAAUAGUCAUGCAAAAUGCACGGUUUGAGUUUCGACAAAAUUGACGUCAUUAUUGCUUGCUGUAAGGACGUCUACAGUCGCUACUGCAUCCAAACAAGUAAAAAUGAUCACUCUCAACCAUAAUUUGCCAUUAUCGUCUUUAAUAUAAAAAGUUGUCCAUUUUCUGUUGUCAAGAAUAAACAACUCGACCGCGAUUUGUAGUUUUGGAAAAAUUUAUCACUUUUUUGCCGCCUGAGAAACCACGUGACAUCGCUUUUAUCCCAUCAGUCCUUAAGCGCGUGCCUUCUUCCCCAAAUACCGCGCGUCUUAUUUUCGCUAAGCUUGUUUUCACGACAUCCCUACUAUCUGAGCGCCUGGUGCAUUCUACAGUAUUUGGACUUGCGUUUGAUACUGUCUGGUAUUGCGGAUUGUAAUGACCUAUCUUUUCAAAUUCUUUUUACUUUAGAUGAGGACUCGUACAACAGAACCUAAAAGAAGACCGCACACUAUUGCUGUAGACAUGACUGAUCUUCAUCAAUACACUGCGCAUAACUACAGCAUACAGACCCUGAACUCUACUGAACUGGCCAAAGAAAAGCUAAGAGAAGUCCUAGCCAGGGUAUGUAAUUAAUUGACACCCGUUGUGCGCUACCCUUCCAUCACUAUAUGUUGUUUGGUUAUCCGUUCUUGGCGCCGGUUGAUUUUUCCCGCGUUUUUCUCCUGUCUUCGAUCAUUACCACCUAUUUCUCGGUUACCUUUGUCGUCAUCCAUAUGUCUGUACUUAAAUAAAUCAUGGGUAACGGUCAAUCACAGGGUGCGUAAAAUUCACCACAUUCUAUAAAAAAAGAAUUUAUGCUCGCACUCGAAAAAGGCAGUUUAACGAGAGAAAAUAAGUUUGACUAGUCCAGAAGUUUGGGCUCUGGCUACUUCGGCUCGCAAGGUGUAAACUUGGUAUUGUCGCUUGAAUAAGCUAAUUUUACUUAUUCCUUCGUAGGAGAAAGAUAGACGUUUUACCUACUGCCCUUUAUACAACUCUGCUACAGUUCUCCCCAUUCACCCAGAGACUGUAAAGAAACGAGAACUUACAGACUCCAAAGCACUCUGGAGAACUAAUAAAGGAUUUAUAUUCCCUGGAAAAAAGACCUCGAUGAUCUCAAACGUACACCCUAAGAAAGCUGACUCAGCUCGGGUGGACGAACUUAAUAAGGUACGAAGAUUGUCCGCUACCUGGACCACAAUUUACCCAACAGGCCUAAUCGUAGUAAUAGUGAGUUUAGGUAACAGGACGGCAGAAAGAAGAGGACGGCAAAACGCUUGUGUUUGACAACUUGACAUGGUUAUUACUUGCGCGUUUUGUUGUGUUCUUUACUUCCCAUUAAUACUUUCUGGUCUUUAUAAUAAGAUCUGUUAAAAAUAGGGUGAAGAUUGGCGGAAAGUUUUUUAAAACAAAAUUAUUGUCACGCUUGUCACACAAGGUUUGUCGUCUUCUUCCUCUCCCAUUCUGUUUCGCAAUUUCACGAAUAUACCUCAAGAGUUUCAAUAAACUCGAAGAUCUUGGGGAGUCCUUGCCUUUUUUACACUUUCUUUUGAUGUGGAAUAAGUUAUGAGUGUUAAGAAAUCAAUAUGCUGGCACUUUCUCGCCUUUUCAAAAGGAAAAGCUAAAUUAAAACUAGAGCAACGUUUUGAUGAAUGAAGAAAAAAGAAAGUAAAAGAAAACUUCACACGCAAUCUAUCUUUUUUAUUUCAGGUGUACUUAAACCUAGUUUCCCACGCAGAAUAAUUAGGAUUGAUUAACAUGCUUCGCUUUUCUCAAAGCUUAGAAGCCGCAAGUUCGCUAAGUCGGUUUUAAGGAUGGUUUUCAAGUCACUUGAAACUUUCUUGAAUCGUUUCAACUUUCCGACUUUAAUGGAAUGCAAAGUAAGGUUACUUGAGAUUUUAGUUAGGCCUUUACACGUAUUUUUUAGUUAAGUAAAACUUAGCAGCUCUUAAGUCUUACUUAACAGCCUAGUGUAAAGACAACCAAUGAUAGUAUUACUAGUUAAAAUUUAAAUUUAAAUUUCGUCAACGGUUUAACGGAUGAUAGGAUUAACAUGUCUUUUCCUCUCUUUUCUUCUCAGCCAUGGAAAGAAAAUAUUUUGCACGCCAACAUUUUGAAGCCUACAGUAGAUAGGUAA